AUGAGCUCCCCUCAAACCUACCUAAUCACUGGUGCGAACCGCGGCAUCGGCCGUGGCUUCGUUCAGCGCAUUCUUCAGAAGCCUUCAGCCACUGUGAUCGCUGCUGUUCGCGACCCCUUGCACCCUACGUCCAAAGCCCUCGCCGAUCUUCCAAAGGGUCCUGAUACCAAGCUUAUCGUCGUCAAGCUGGACUCUGCCGUGGAAACUGAUGCCGCCACUGCUGUGGGUCAACUGCGUGAGCAGGGUAUCACGUCUUUGGACAUUGUCAUUGCGAACGCGGGCAUCGCUCAGGGUGGUACUAGCGUCCGCAACACUUCGGUUGCCAAUGCGCAGAAGCAUUUCAACGUCAAUGCUAUCGGCCCCUUGACCCUCUUCCAGGCUACCGUCGACCUUCUCAAGGCUAGCAAUACUGGCAGCCCCAAGUUCGUUGCCGUCUCGACCCUCAUUGGCUCCAUUGGUUCUCAGGAGAUCCUCGCCAAUUUCCCUGGGUCGUCUAGUCCUUACGGAGCCUCCAAGGCGGCUCUGAACUGGUUCAUUCGCCUUCUUUCCUUUGAGGAGCCCUGGUUGACCAGCUGGGUUUUCCACCCUGGACUUGUAGAGACGGACCUCACCUCAGGCGGCAGCAUGGACCUGAAGGCGUUGGGCGCCAUAUCCGUGGAGACCAGCGUGGCGGAUAUGAUUAAAACUACUUGGAGCAUCGAGCCAAAAGAUCUCAGUGGAACUUUCCGAACACACGAUGGCACCAUUAUUCCGUGGUGA